AAAUGGAUGCUUUUGAGACUCAUCAACCGAGAGAGAUCGCGACUCAUCCUCUGCAUAACUCCUUUAGUCCCAGGAGUGAAGAGUAUGUCGUGGCCGGGAAGUUUCCACGGGAGAGGUCAUCAGUCUUUGAUUUGGACAAAGAUGGUUCUAGCCCUCUGCAUGCGGCUGCAGCAGCCGGCCAAGUAGAGACCGUGAGGGCAAUUUUGGGAAUCGACAAGAAACUUUGCAGGCUUAAAGGUAGAGAUGGAAAGACUCCACUUCAUGUGGCAGCGAUGAGAGGCAAAACCGAUGUGAUCAGAGAGAUUGUCUCCAGCUGCGUUGAUUGCGUAGAAGAUGAGACGGUUCAAGGUCAAACUGCUUUGCAUCUCGCUGUUAUGCACCAAGAGAUCGGAGCGGUGGUAGCUAUUGUUGAGUUGAUCACGGAGAUGAAUCAAAUUGAAGUGUUGUACAAGAAAGAUGAACAGGGUAACACUGCUCUUCAUCUAGCUACCUGGAGAAAAAAUCGCCAGGUGAUUGAAGUGUUGGUUGAGGCAAUACCAGAAGAGUCUAAGACAUUUGAGGUGAAUGCAAUGAACAAGAUGGGUCUCUCUGCACUGGAUUUGCUGGUUAUGUUUCCGAGCGAAGCAGGCGAUAGAGAAAUCUAUGAGAAACUUAUCCAAGCUGGAGCUCAAAGAGGGAGCGAUAUAGGUACCACCACCAAUAUCCAAAGAACCACUUCUUUAACUUCCGCUUGCCAAGAGAGAGCAAUGGAGUCACAAAGCCAUAAAGAUCUCGUGAAAUACUUCACUUUCAAAAAGCACAGAGACUCGCCAUCAGAGGCACGCAGCGCUUUACUGGUGGUGGCUUCGCUCGUCGCGACAGCCACCUUCCAGGCCAGCCUGACUCCACCAGGUGGAACCUGGCAAGAUAGCUACACACCUGAUGUUUCCCAGAACGCAACUAGCCAACAACCUCAUAUAGCAGGGCAGUCUAUCAUGGGGACAUUCAACGGAAUCGCUUUCACUUUGUUCGUCUUCUUUAACACGAUUGGGUUUUCGGUUUCGCUGUCUAUGCUGAAUAUUCUCACCCUCGGGUUCCCGUUGCGGUUCCAGCUUCAGAUCUGUAUGAUGGCUAUGUACUUCUCCCACAACACGGCCAUGACCAGCGUGGCGCCUGAUCAUGUGAAGCUUUACUGCGUUCUCAUCACGUCCAUCCUUGCUGCUGCCACUCCAGCUUUGAUGAGGUUGCUUGAGAAGCCUAUUCCCAUGCUCUGUCAAUUAUGGGACUCCAUGUUACAGAAAAUCUGUUGUCAGUAGAUAAUAUUUCAUGUAGAGGUUUUGUAACAUAAAAAGCCAGUUCAUUAUCUAUCUUCUCCUAAUCAUGUUGUAAAGUAAUGAAAAGAAGAGACCCAAAUAUUUCAGUUACAAGCCAUCAUAUUAAACCAAAAACAAUUCGAAGAGAACCAAAAUUAAAUCGUACCGAGCUUAAACCAAAACAUCAGCGAGAACUAACGGGCCGAAAAUGGGCCUCUAAGGAAGACCUAGCUAAAACCCUAACUAACUCAUCACACUAUAUAAAUAGAUUGCAAUCGCCGUAUGCUUGUAUCAUCAAAUUUCAAUUCAAUUCAUCAUCAGUGCAUCUUGUUUACGAUUCCAUGAAUAGUUUUUUUUUUUUUCUGGUUUAAAUGCUGUUCUCUUUUGAUUGAUUCGUUUUCUUUUGGUCGAUCAUCUUUUUCCAUUAUAAAAAAAAAAAGAUAGAGAAGGCAGUGACGACUCGGAAAUAUUCAAGCUCAACAGACCGGAAUUAGGCGUUUCUUUCGAGACUCGUUUCUGUGUCGAUAAUCCCGCUGAACUGAGCCUUCUUGAUUUUACUCGCUUUGAUUUUGAAAUAUCGAUUUAUGUUUUAAUGAAUUGGAGAUGACGAUGAGGAUAUAAUGCUCCCUCUUCUGAGUUCAGCUGAAGUAACUUGCUGGCAGAAUCGAACCUAAUAUCACUAGCCACCACUGAGUCAUCUCCUUCCAAUAUAAAUAUUGUUUUUUCCACCA